AUGGCGCAUGUUGAUGAAAAACAACCAGAAAGCACUGUUUGGUACCUUGAUUCUGGGUGCUCCACUCACAUGACCGGGAGAAAGGAUUGGUUUGUGAAAAUUCAAGGAGUAGAGCAUGGAAAGAUCAGAUUUGCUGACAAUAGUAGUUUAGAGGCAGAGGGUUCUGGCAGAGUGGUUUUGAGAGGUGUAGAUGGCAGAGAAGUUGUAAUAGAAGAGGUAAUGUAUGUACCUGGAUUGAAGACUAACUUACUAAGUCUUGGACAACUGUUACAGAAGAAAUACAUGAUGAAGAUGGAAGACAAUUGUCUCAGCAUCUUCAAUCAGAAUGGGAAGGUUGUUGUGCAGACACAACUGUCACAGAAUAGAACAUUCAAAGUGGUGAUGGAGGCAGUAAAUCAUCAUUGUUUUACUGCAACAAAAAGUGAAGAAGAAUGGCUGUGGCAUCUCAGAUUUGGUCAUCUGAAUUUUCAGGAUCUGUCAAUGUUGAGCCAGAAGAAAAUGGUGACUGGUUUACCAAAGGUAGAUAUUCCAGGGACUGUUUGCAAAGAAUGUGUUCAAUGCAAGCAAACCCGUGGUAGUUUUCAGAG